CCUGCGUUGUGCUGGGAACGGGCUCAGCAGCGCAGAUGGCAGAAGUCACUGUGCAUGCCGUUCGCAUGCCGUUGACUGAUGACUCUGCUCGGAAACAGAAACGGAGCUGCCUGGUCUCAAAAACGACUGUUUGUCUCGGGCUUGUUGCUUGCAUGUGUGUUGCAGUGUAUAGACAGCUCAUCGAUCUGCGGAGCUGGGCAUUCUGCUGAGGGCAUGCUCUGAGCGUGAUUCCUUGUCUAACACUGUUUGUCUUUCUGUGGCUGUUUUCCUCUUGGCGAAGCCCCUAUCGAUCUUCUUUCCGAUGAAUACAGGCUGAAACCUCUCUGAAUUCUCGCCACCGCUGACACCGGUGGAUGUUACAUGAAGGGCCGUUUUAGCCGUUACAUCCUGAACGAAGCACACCACGUUUUGCUACUUGGCCGCAGUGUCGUCAGCGGCCGCUUUUUUAGUUACCUGUGACAGGCUUACCAAGUAAUUUUUUGGCUCUUCACAGGAUUCGUGCAGGAUCAAAGUGCCAUGCUAUCCAUUCUACCAUUUUGUCGUGGCUCAAGACGAUUCCUGUUACUGCCAUCUAUUGCAGCUCUUCCACGCCGUGAGUGUGCUAACGAGCUUCGGGUGCUGAACGUUGGAUUCUGACGUCGACGUUGGGUACCGCGGACGAUGCACAUGACCGAUGCCAUCUUCUUUCUUCUGGCCUCCUGUCGCGUUCAGGGAAUUAGCCAUGAGGCCGGUGGGUGUGGUUCCAGCUCCGGGAGGGAAGGAGGAACUCGUACCGAGAAGUUGUAGCAAGGACAUUCUGGAUCCGUCUGAUAUCGGCUUGAAAACUUCUUUGUUGGUUGAGGUCCCCGUUGCCUUCGCACACUAGUUGUCACCUUGUCGAAGUCAUGAGAAGCUUGAGUCGGUCCACACAGCCGGCCCACUCGGAAACCGCGGACGGCUUGCCACCGUCUCCUGUGCAAGAACAGCUGGUUCUUCUUCAGAAACUCCUGCAGCACCUGCAAGGGCGGCAAAAUAAGCUCCAGCUCCAGAUGAAUCUUAUCCAGCAGCUUCAGGCACAGCUCUGUAGGAGGUCUGGCCAGUCUCAAGGGGACAGCAGAGGGAAUCUUGCCUGCUCAUCAGCGACAGCGGACCUGCACCCGCCUGAAUCAAGAACCUCCACUGCAUUUUCAACGGCCCCAUCCUGGGUCAACGAUUUCGUUUCGUUUCAGCCUUUGGCGGGAAGAGAAAGCAGCAUUGUUCCCAAGCUGAGCAAUAGUUACGCGAGAGAUGUGGCAAAUGUGGAAGAAUCUCACAAAGUCGAAGUGCAACAUGAAGCGCGAUUUUCACGUGCCUCUCAUGAUACAUGUGCGGCGGCACGGCGUCCACCUUUGCAUCUAGACGCAGCCUUGGACUGCUUAGCUCGCCAUAUCGACACUCCUCUUCGUCCUCUCUUGAGACAGCAGUUCAUUGCUGACGUUGUCGCUGUUACAGCUUCGUCAGGCUCGGCGCAUGUUCCCAUCCUGCAAUCUGCUGUGUCAGGACACCCGUCGAUUUCUGUACAGGAUGUACCAGCCGCAGAGCUUCCAAGUAGCGUUCCAAAGCCACCCUCUUUUUCAACUUUCCUGAAUCCGUGUUCCUCCUUUCUUAACCCCCUCGAACCUGUGUCUUCAGAAUCGGCAGCCCCGCACCUCGAACAGUCAGCCACACUUACGUCCAGUCCACUUUCAUGCUCAGUUCCUUUUCCUGGCGAUGUCCGUUUCUUCAAGGAGCCGCCUCUCGUGGCUUCAACUUCUAUCCAUCGUCAUCCGUCAAGAUUGUACUCUCGCGCGCAGGUGUGUUCCGCAGAGACCGACGUCAGAGAGAGUCUCACAUCCCAGCCUCCGGCUUUGGGCAGAGGGCCCGGAAGGCCUGAAAAAGCGUGUCCGUGGCCCGCUGGAGAUUCACAGCAUCCUACGUCUCUGUUUGCUGUUCAAUCACAAACCGGAGUUGCGUCUGCACCUCAGAGAAGUGCAUGCAACCGCUCUGUGGAUCUCGGUAAUCGCUUCUCAAAGCUUUCGAAUGACGAGAGCGUACCCAUUGCUCAGGAGACUGGUCCUAUGCCAUUCCUCCUGAACUCGGAGGAAACGACUUCUCGUUUCUGUUCCUCUUCUGCUUCGCGGGCAUCGAUAUCGAGUGCCUCCGCCAUGGCUGCAACCGCUGACCGAACGGGUAGUGGGUCAGGCGAGCCAAAACCAGAGAAGACUACCUCCUACAUCUCUCUUCCCAUUUCACCAGAGAGCACGUUUUUUUUUUGUUCUACAGGAGUCGCCUCGAAAUUUGAAAAUGCGCUAGAGGAUACUGCGUCAUGCUCCACAGCCCACCCUUUUCUUUCUCUUCACUCAUGUUCCCUGUCGUCUUCUGAGCCUUCUCUGCAGUCAUCAACGGGCCCUGCCUCCUGUCUUUCGGCGUCUGUCCCCUCCUCGACUUCUGGCUCCUGUCCCCUGUCCAUGAUGCAGUCACCGUCUUCGAAUCCCCAGGAUGCUGAAACUUCAUCAGGAACAGUUGACGCGUCUGACGGGAAAGGAUCAUCUGACUCAUGUCUACCUCCCAGAUGUUUGGGUGUUGCUGAACAGCUGAUGCCUCAUCGCCGGCAACCAAGUAGAAGGUGCAAGCAUGAGGCCGCCGUGGACACGACGCUGUGGUGGCAGAAAAGAAAGAAGGUGGCGUUCCGGCCUGCAGCCCACCAGGGAUCCACCUCGAAUGAAUCAGCUGGGCGGGCCAGUGGGGAAGAGGGAAAGAGUCGUUCUGUUGUCGGGAAGGCAAUCGGUAAAUCAGAGACUUCUGUGGCAAGGCGAGAUAAACCCUCUGGCGCGUCUCUCACGAGCGAAGGGGACUCCGACGACUUCAGUGGAAUAGACAGCAGGCAGCAGGUGGCAACGCACUCGAAAGAAGCCGCUUCCGCGCAUGCAAGUCAUUCUUCAAAUGCAUCUGCAUCUAGUAGAGUGGCUGCCGUGUCAGCGUCCAGUGAAGCAGGUACGGUAGCAUCCACUGAAGCAUUAAGCAUGCAAAGAAAAGGAGGGAAUGAAGGAUGUGAAGGUCUUCCGCGGACUUUGUGCCACAUACCUGCGAAUGAAUCGAAGACUGACACGCUGGGACGAAGUGCGUCGAACUUGGGGAACAAAGGGUCUGAUGGACGUCGAGGUUCUGUCGCCGAGGCUCCAGAGGCUCUAGGCGUUGAGCACGUUUUAAGCCUUGCACACGCAGGAGGCGAGACAGGGGCGAUGUUACUGGGCCUGCCAUUGUCACGUGGACCAGAUUUUCAGGUCGACGAAGAGGUGCUGCUGGCCAGGGAGGGCUUCGCCGAUUCCGUGCGUUCGGCGGAAUGCCGGAGUGAAGCAUCCGAGAGAGAAUGUGCCGUCAUGCUCGAGCAACUAUUUCAAGGCGCUUCGGCAUCAGCGGGGGCGCAGACGGCGGGAAGCGAUGCCGAGGGAGUGUCAGCGAAUUCGGCGAAGCGAAGACGCCCUUGGAGAGGAGAGAAGACACAGAAAGGCGGGAAGCACAACGCGGAGGAAACGGUUGAGGCGAGCGGAAGACGAUCGUGCAAAAGGGCACGCAGUUCUUUUGUGAGCAAGACGCGUUCAGUACCUGCAACUGAAUCGCAAGCUGGGGCGGCUUCGCCUUCCGCACGUGGAGAACCUGGCAAGGAGCAGAGACUCAUAACGGAAGAGACACAAGACAUCAGCCUACCGAACCACUUGGAAGAAGCAGACGAAGAUGCCGACGAGUUUCUCACUUUCAUCGGGUCGCCCUCGUCGCGUCGGGCCGGCCGUGGACGGUCGCCUCGUUGGAUCGUAUCUCACCCCAGUCCCCGCUGUCCAGCUGCGCAUGUGGUGCCUCACUGGAUACCUAAUGAAUGCAAGCCGAUCGCGCGCAUCUGCAGGGGCGGACCCUCUCCUCUGUCUGAUUCGCCUUGUUCAUUGUCUUCCCUUCGACCCCCGCGUCUGCAUCAUGCUGGCUUCUCAAGGCCUCGCCGUCGCGGUCGUGGCAGCUGUACCCGUUUUCAAAGUCUUCACAACUGCCGCUCGCCUCCUGUCCCCUCCACAUGCGAUUCGGGUGGUCCGUCUUUCUUCUUCAACAGUAAACCCUCCUUUGCUUCCUCUUUUUGUCCUCUCUCGGCUUCCUGUGCCUCUUCGUUCUCUUAUGUCUCGUCACCGGCGUUGUCGCCUGCGUCAUUGUCUACGUCUUCCCCUUGCUCUCCUUCCUCUUCGCCAUCCUUCUUGUCUUUUGGGCCGGCGCUGUAUUCCGCAUCCUGCUCCUCGGAGCUGAUAGCUCGCAGUGCGGAAAGACAGAGCGCGAGACUCGCCGCUGCCGACGGCUUAGACGUCUCCGCAACCUUCCAAGGAAGAAGAGAGGCUGUUGCAGAAAACACAUGCUCACAACAGGGUCACCCGUUUUCUCUGAGCAGAGCCAGAGGCCGGUCCCGCAGUGCCGAGAGUUCCAGCAGUCGCCAGCGGCGAAACCAUUUACCGCAAGGAGGCGGACAAGGGAUCCACUGCUCACGUAGGCGCAGCCAGGAGGCCCAGGCUGGUGAAGUCAUGGGUCCGAGCUGCAGUCCUUUCUCCGUUCAAGGUUCGUCUUUCAACUCAGCCUCCCUCGCCUUCAACGCUGCGGUGGCAUCUUCGCCUGCGACUCACACUCCCAUCCGGAGUGGCGACGAAGCCCCCUCGUCCUUAAAUGGCGACAAGGCAUUUUGUGGGGAAGUAUGUCCGGCAUCUGAGGCAUCUGGGUCUCGAGGUUCAGGCCGUUUUGAAGCUGCAUGUGACGCUACAGCCCCAGCUAAUGACGCGCAGCGUAAGGGCGGAUUGAGGCCCGCAUGCGCCAGGGGUGUGGGGGAGGUGUCUCCUCGUACAGAAGAAAAGGAGGAGACUACAAGGAGACUCCAAGACCUCCACGUGUAUCCUUCCCUCUCCUCCACCUUGAAUCCUUGUUCUCCUGCUCCUUUGGUUUCAUCGCGGUCGCCGUCCUUUUCUGCAACCACUUCACCUCCACUGAAUCCUCAUUUCAAACUUUCUCCGUCUCAAAUUGACUCAGAUCGCCUCUCUUGCCGUCGGCCGCUGUGUUCGCAGCCUGCGCGGAAGGAUGCGCUAGUAUCCGGAGAGUCUACAUGCGAGGCAUUGGCGGAGUCGGAGGGAGGGGCACCAAGGCCCGCCAGCGGCCAAGACUCCGGAGACAGCCGGCCGGGGCCAGCGGCAGCGUGUUGCAUAGAAGAGGCAGUUCCUGUGAGGAUGCCUGUGUCUCGGGAGUCGACUAGCGGAAUGGACUUGGUCGGCUCGCUCAUGGGCGCGACAAAGGAGGCGUCUCUGACCUUUGAUGUUGGGGCGCAGGAGCGGCAACAGACAGCAGACACGGAGACAGAACUCGCCUGGAGCGUCCCCGGCGUCGGAGCAGGAGAGAAGUUAGGAACGGAGAACGAAGGGCACAACAAGGAAGGGAUCCGGGACGAAUCACAGAGCACUCGAGCCGUUUCCAAAACAGAAGCGGUGCCGUUAAGAUCCAGCUCCAGGUGCAGAAGCAUAUCGUCUCUCGCAUGUGUGGGAAAGGCGGAGAGAGAAGGAAAAAGCCGCGACCAGGAAGCACAGCGUGAAGCAGCGCAGGGGGACCGGACUGACGAUCGAGACGCGGAGAAGGGAAACGGGAAAGGGAGAAGCAAUAAGGGAGGAGAGGCGUGCGAAGUAGAGAUUCUAGCGAGUGCGCUGGUUCCUUCCUCGGUGUGUUCGCGUCUGGCCCUCCAACAGACAAAGACAAAGACGGAGGGAGACAAACCAUCGCUUGCGAGAUCGGAACCGCUGACAACGGGCUCUGGGCGAGCGAAAGAGAGCUCGAAGGAGAGUCAAACGGAGAAAGAGAAGGCAGGGCAGCGACCAGAGAAGACAACACGGAGAAGGAAGAAAAGUUUGGACCAGGGCGAGGGCAUAACGAACAGGACGAAGAGUGGAGAAAGUGGCAAGUCGAAGACUGUUGGAAGCGAACCUGACAAGGCAUGGAAAUCCGAAGAUCAGACAGCGAACGUAACGACCGGUUCAAACGUAACGUUUACUGAGGCGUCCACUGGCAGGUGUGAGACAGCACGAAAGUGUCACACGCAAGCAGUGAUGGAUGCCUUCUGUAAUCCAGGCGCCGAUUGUGUUUCUUUUUCUCCCUCUGUGCAUGUAUUGUCUUCUCCCUUCUCGCUAUCCUCACGUGCUCAAUUUCCUUCUGGCACCGAGCCUGUCGCAUGCGUACGCUUUGCUGGCUCAGACGUCAAAGGGCGAAGGGGACUCUCUAAUGCCCUUGCAGGGUCACAAGACCCGCCCGGGAGGCCCGGCGGUCCCUCGGGACCUAGGAGCGAGAAUGAGCCUGCAACGGGGCCUCAGGAGCCUGCAGGGGUGCGUGGAGCCUCAGAGGAAGUGUCUCGAAUGAGGUGCUCAUGGGCCUCCAAAGAUGAGGGAGAUGAUGUUGACUUCGCUGCGCGAAAGAUGGUGGAGGAGAAGGAAGACAGAGGCGAUACGGGAGACACCGGCGGAGACACCCGCGGUGGUAGGGGCCGUGAGGAGGACCUGAAGCAGGGUGCGGAGAGAGGCCGCGGAAUUCGCAGCGGAGGCACAACCGACGAUGGCGACACCCGAACGGGGACUGUCAAGAGGGGGCACAUUGAGAGAGGUGACAGCUGCGAGAGCAAAAAUUGGUCUGAAGGUGUGAAGAUGAUCCCGGCGAUGAAGGAAAGGAACGAGCUGGGAGUAGCAGGAAGCGGCGAAGAGGAAUCCACUUCCGAUGCCGGGGAAGCGAUAACGCGGUUAGUGGAGAGUAAGACACAGCAAACCGAGGAAGAAGGGAGAGGCGAAUGGAGCUUACAGGGCGUCCACGAGACGACAGAGGGGGAGCCGAUCAAUGCAAGGGGGGUCCGCGACGAGCCGGGAGGCCGAGAAAGCCGAGCGGGCUCUUGGAUUGAUGAGAAGAAGGCGUCAAAUGUUGAGAAGAGAAUCGAGGGACAAGGCGGUAAAGAGAAAAGCGAGGCGAGAGAGGGUCACGGCGGUUCGCAGGUAAAGAACUCAAGGAGGAAACACACACCUGAAACGAGUCAAGCUGGAACCGACGCCUCAAGCCUUCCGACAGGCAGACAGGAGAAGACGCCGGAUUGUGUUGGAGGCGACGUCGAAUUGAAGGGCCACAGCGGCGAACGAACAGCUCAGGGCGACGCAGAAGAGUCCCAGAUGAGACAGGCAGACGAAGCUGAACAGAGGUGCCGGAGAGCAUCCCUCGUCCCGGAAGACGAUAACCAGAAGGCUAGGAAGGCGCGGCAACGUGAAGGGAGAGGAAACCGCAAGAAGCGCAAGACGGACUGCGAGGAAGUCGAUGAAAUUCCUCUCCACGUGAUUCACGAUGAAGACGACAUCGCUGAACUGCACGUGGACUUGAUUAAGCGCGAAAGGGAACGCGAAACCGAGUCGCGCGACAGAACAGCGAAGGAGGAAGCCAACCACGUGUCUUUCGUAAAAGAAGUGAUGGUCGUUGAACAGGAGCUCUCGCUACCCCCGGUCCCCGCGAGUCCCCCUGUGACGCGCUGCCGCCGUACGCCACCGUUGCUGUCGGGGGAAGAGAGAAGAAAGCGUUCUGCGACGCACCUAGACGCGACGUUUGCGAGUUUCUGCAGACCGACCACUGGAAAAGAGGCCUCAAAUUCUCUCUGUGCCUCCGCAAAAGCCAAGGCUCCACGCAUGAGUCAGUUGUACCGGGGGUCGAUUCUGUCGAGCCCGCUAACGGGUCCAGGACAAGCGCCGCCAUCGUGUGAGAAACCUUUAGGGUGGGGUGCCUUUCCUCGCCCCAGGAUUCCCGACGGCGUCGCCCUCAAGGGGCACGCGGCAGAGACAGUCGUCUCCGAGCCUGUGACCGGCCUCGCGCCGAAGGGACAGCCUGGGGGACGCGGGGAGCCGGCCGGGGCCGAGCUCCGCGGGGAGAUCAAGGGACGGGUGGGUCGAGGCGACGAAAUCUCGGAGGAAAAAGUGUCUCGACCUCAGCGGGGAUCGCCUGCCGCGGCCGCCCUGUGUCCCUUGCACGGGGCGCGAGAUCUGGGUUUGCUCGACUACCGCUCUGUGGGGAGCCUGGGGACAACGUCCCGCCGCCUCAGCCGAGCGACGGUGUCUCUGGCGACGGGGCAAGGCAAUACAAGGGCCGCUGGCGUGGUUGGAGGUGAAGGAGCAACUGCCGAGACAGACCGAGAUUCGAGCGCCCGACGAGGAGGUGCUCGCGGAAGCGGCCGCUGCCCCUGCUGCUUGAAGAUCGUCAACCUUUUCAGGCAAUUCUCUUUCGUGCGACGUCUGCUCGGCGGCUCUCACCCGCUCGGCCCUUUCACCCUGUCUCCGCCGUCGAGAGUGUCUACUUCUACUCGUCGCGGAAGCGCUUCCAGUGCUGCACGAGGAGCGGCGCCCGGGGCUGCGAGGCCCAGUCUCGUCCGGCGCGGCACUCUGCUGCAAGUUCAGUGGCGAUUCGAGGACGGCGCGAGAGGCAGCAGGUGCCGAGUGUCGAAGGUGUCGCUUUCUGGCAAGGAUCCAAUGGUCGGGACUUAUUUUCUGAGGCCCGAACUGGGCGGGGCUGCUCCAGCGACGUGGGGGCGUCCAGACCCCGGCGCACCUCGCCCUUGCCGGGAGCCUGGCUGCGACGGAGACACCGCGCAAACGCGGACAACCCAGGGGACUGAACGAAUGACGCAGAGCCCGGAGGAUAGAACCGCGUCUUCGCCGGCCUCGUUCUUCGCUCCCUUCGCCUCCAAGAAGACAGGCGAGACGCUGGGGGAGAAGGCGAUAGACAGAGCAAGUGGCAAUGGGGGGAGUGUGGACUCAAGAGGCGGCGGGGGACAGGGAGGAAGAGAAGGAGCCACAGGCGGGGAAGUGGAGACUCCUUCCGGCGCGAAGCCUGUGGCCAAACUCGCCAACAUGGUUGCCGGGUGGAGUGGCACCUUCACCUGCCUGGAGGGUCACGUCUUCGAUCGAAGCUACGAGGAACUGGAACGCGGGAAGUGGUGCCCGGUCUGCAGUGCAGCUGCCCUCCUGACCUCAGCGGCAAAGAGAAGCGCCAUGCGACACGAUCGACAGGUUGAAGAGAAGUUUCGAGAAAGACAACAAAAGCUAAUUCAAGAGGCUCGGCAGCAGUUCGCCGCGACGGCUGCCGGCAUUUCAGGCUCUGCUGGAACAGCUGGCAACACCGCGCGUGUCGUCCCUCCAUGCAUGGCUAAAAAAAAGCAUUCUUCGGGAUCGGUUCCGACCGCGCCCGGACAGGGCCCGGCGACAGGUCCUGUUGGCUCGGGAGACGCGCCGCCGAAACGGAACGUGGAUCGGUUCCGUGCUCCUUUUGCUGAAUUCGACCACGGCAUGCAAGAACAGCUGAGACGUCAGGCCCAGGAAGAUGUCCGCCUCUACUCGUCCUGUGGACCUGGUCAAAACGGCUCCAAGAAGGAGGCUGAUGGCCCUGAAAGGCCUUCCGGCCCUUACAUCCCGCAGAACAAUCCCCCUGUCUCCGCGGCAGCAGCCGCGACAGCGGCGGCCUUUGCCGCGCGGGCGGCUGGAGGCGCGACUGCAGUCGGAGGCUCGAGCGCUGGAGGCGUGGGAGGGCGAGAGGGUGGAAACAGCUCUGCGGGCCGACAGGGUGUGGCGGGGCAAAACCCUGAGGUUGUCCCAGGGUCACCGAAAGCAGAGACAACAGCAGGGCAGCGAUCUCUUCAUGCUUCGAAAGAGGAUCAACACGGAGCCCGAGGAGACACGAAGACAGCGGGGAAGCCACUGACGGAGGCACAGGCGCUAGCUGUUCGGCGGGUGUUGGCUUGCAAACAGACGAGUGCAUGGAGCAUUCUUCAGAUUGCGCGACCGUCGAGAGAUACUUCACCGCAGUCGCUGCGUAGCCAGGCCCGUGCAGCCUUCCGGCAGCUUGCGCUCCUCGUCCAUCCAGACAAAAACCCUCAUCCUCGAGCGGCAGAAGCGAUGCAUUUGGUCACGGGGGCGUUUCAGCAGCUCAUUGGUCACCGAUGACGAGGCCCAAGUGGAUCGGCUUUUUUUUACUUCCUUCUCUCACUCUAUUUCUGAGAAAUCGAGAUCAAUAUCGCUUUCUUUUCAACCUCUUUUCGCUAUGCUUGGGAGGUCUGCAUGCUCCAGUGCGAAGCAUUUGAGAGUAGUUUUCUUUCCUGUAGCCGCCUUCGUCUUCUGCGAGUUCUGAAGCUUUUUCUGUGCUUCUCUUUUUCCUUCAUUCGCUAGUUGCGCAUUUUCUGUCUGUCGAAACCCCUGCCGGCUUAUACCCGAAUGCAGAUGCGGCCGGGGUGAGCUUUGCUUCUCUCACUUCUCUCCUCACCGAGUGGUGGUUAGGAUGAACAGUGUGUCACUGUCGUGAUUUGUUCAUUUACUUAACGCCGCAGGUGCGUACAUGUGCCGACGCAUGUGUAUGCAUGUGUGUUUGUAUGUAUAUUUGUGGGUAACCGCAUACGUGCCACAUCAGGUAUUUUUCAGUGUCGCGUGCGGUGUCAGUAUUUGACUUCGGUUAAUAUGGUUUAGAGAGCAGGAGCUGUGAUGAACAGGGAAAGCCGAUAUAUGCGAUGAACUCAAGUAUGGAGGCAACUGUGUAUCUCCAAGUGUGUUUACUUCUCCAGAUGUUCAAUGUUCUUUCUCUCCAGUGGCACGCACGUUUUUUAGGGAACUCAGACAGAUCGCUGUUCGGCGGGGCGCCGCCCACUUCUGAGCCAUUUUGAAGCUUUGAUGUUUUGUGAGAACUCUGGUUUCCAAAUGUUUUUCUUC